AUGCCGCGAGACCGCGAACGGCUAUUCAACGAAGCAAGAAAAACCAGGUGCUCAGGCUCCAGCGACAGUCGACGAUCAUCAACGACCGUUGACGAGAAUGGCUGCAUCAUCACCAGAGGUUUCGUGAUCCCCAGCCGCUCGUCUUCACAAUCCUCACUUGCAAGAAGCACCACUUCCUCCUUCGAAAUCCCAAGCACUCCGCUCUCACCAAUGGAGCCUCCGACACCAGGCUUCGCGCGGCCGAAGCCGAUUGAAAGCGCUCUGCGCACAAGCACAUCAGCCAUCUCGCUGUCGCGCGCAGUUCAUGGCGUAACGCUCUCCAGUCGCCCGGAGCCAGAACGCCGACAGACAUGGCAAUCUAUGGGCAGCUCAAGCGCAUCAAACAGUCGCUGGAAUGACGAUGACCUCCUAGCCACGACGUGCAGUUCUCAGUCUGGGCAGAACUUCCAAGUCCCUCAAGGCCCGCAAGUCGUUGCUCCAGCGCGCACAAAGACGAAACGCUCUCGUCCGCCUCCACCGAAGACAACGACUAACUUCCGUCGCGUCAGAAGCGAGCAGAGCAAUUUGCAACAGCUUGUAGCGCGAGAAAGCGGGAAGGAGAGAUCAAAGUCGACUCACGUGGCCUUGGAUCGCUACGACAAAAAGGCUCACAAUGAGCCUGCAGUCAAAAUCGUCGCCCCCGAGCAAGCUGAUGAUGCUAUUGCAUCCGACAGCGAGGACGACAAUAUCGCAUCUGACGGUUUGUUGCGGAGCAUGACCAUUCGACGUAACCGUCUCGGUUACGCAACACGUCGUGCGAUGACUGACGAGAAAAAUGCUGCUCUUAUGCAGCAGGUACAACUUGCACCAACGCCAGCGAAUCUCUACUCCGCAAUCGACACGCCCAUUGCGGACGCUUCGGAUGCUGGAGCAGACCUGGUCAAGGUCUCACAAAAGCUGGAGCUCGUUUCUGCAAGCCUCGCCGACAAUGCCAUCGCAUCUGACAGCGAGGAUGACGACUAUACCUGCAAAGGCGAUCCGAAAAUGACAGCUGCACUCAGACAAGCAGCCUUGCACCGUGAGCGCAACGUUGCCAUACAUGUCUCUCACGAUGGCUUGCACGACGAGCCUGCACUGGAGCUUCAGAAGCGCUCAAUGUCUGACGCAGCAGUCGCCGUCCGUCUUGCCGAGCCUAGCAGUAACUCCCCUCACAAGCGCAACUUCUCGACAGGCAGUGCUACUGUCAGACUGUUACCACCCAAUGCGUCUGUCUCCAAGUCCAGCGAUGUCGACGACCUCGAGACUCCAAUCGAAGUUAAGACCUACGAUACCAGCUCAGCUCUUGCUAUGAGAUCUCUGCGACCAUCGAGGACAAGGCCGAAACCUGCCAAGGGAGUACUGAAAAAGAGUGGAUCACCUCCAUCAACAGGCGCUUCUACAACCGAAUGCUCGCCUACGAAAAAAGUCCAGACACGCAACAGAAGUGGAAGCGGUGAAGUUGUAGGGGGCAUGGUGCGCCCGAAGUCUCCGCCGAGAAUGACUGCCGACGGUGUCUUCAGACCAGGACAGGUCACGGCGGCUGAAAUGAGGAGGCUGACUGAAGCUGCUGAUAUCUUUCAGUGA